GCCAGCCUGGGUUUUUCAAAAACAAGUAUGCCAGACAAAUCUCAUUUCUUUUUUUGAUAGAGUUACAAGCUUGGUGGAUCAGGGGAAUGCUAUGGGCGUAAUGUAUAUUGAUUUCUGAUAGCUCAGCCAGUAGAGCAUGAGACGACCUUAGGGUUGUGGGUUCAGACUGCACAUUAGGUAGAAAGAUCCCUGCGUUGCAGAUGACCCUUGUGGUCCCUUUCAACUCUGCAGUUCUAUGAUCAGACAAAGGGAAGUUGUGUGUAUGUAUGUGUGUACUGUAUAGCCAACCCAGCUCCCGCCUGCCUGCACUACCUCCUGCAAAAAGUCUCUGUAUAUAUCUCCUAAAAAAUGGACUGUGCAGGAGAGACAGUGUCCUCUUCCUGCUCAGUUCCUCUUUGCACUGGCUUGGCCUCUCUGGACAGGGAAUGUGCCUGCUUAAGCAUGCCCACAUUUCAUUGGAUGCCGGGACGGGACCUUCUCACUAUAUGCAAGUGCAGUGGGGGGACGCAAGUGACUCCUGAGGAACUGUGCUGUUGCAGUCCUUCUCUUGGGCAUCUGGUUGGCCACUGUGAGAACAGGAUGCUGGACUAGUUGGGCUGCUGGCCUCAUCCAGCAGGGCUGCUCUCGAAUACACCCCCUCACCUCUCCUGUAGUGCCUCUCUCUUCCACAUGAAAACAACAUACGAAAAUGAAUUAUAUUAUUAGAAAGUGCUUACAAGCACGUGGGCGUCCGUCCAAAAAACUAUAUACUUAAAUGCGUUUCUUAGAAGCAGCUACCUCUUAAGAUGCUGAAAGAUUCCUGCAUUGAGCUAGUUGCUCCCUUCCAACUCUACGAUUCUAUGAUUUGCACGAGGGUGUUUUUUAAAAAAGAAAAAAAAUUGCCAAAAAAUAAAAUAAGAUGCUGCAGAAAUGUGGGAUAACCGAAUUGAAGAUUGGCAGGGGGGUGUAAAUAGAAAGGGCGAAAGUGGCAGCCCUUUCCUGGGGAACGAACUCCCUUUUCGAGUCGGACGUGCCCGCCAGGACCCGCUGAAGCCGGACGCGGCUUGCGGAGGAGAGUCCAAUGCGCGCUGGAGGGCGCAGGAGGCGGCGCUGGGCUGGGCACGACCCGGGAGUGGAUGCGCCUGGGCGGGGCGCAGGAGGGAGGCUUCUCCGCAGGAAGGAAGGAAGGAAGUGCGGUCGUCUGUGCUGCUCAUGGCUGGCGAGGAGCGGGGCCCGGCGCGGCUGGCGCUGCCUUCUUUACCCGGGGCGCCUCGGGAGCGGCUCCACUUGCUCCCCUGCGUGGUCCGGCACGACGGCGCCGCUGCGGUGCGGCGGUACUUCACGCCGGCCAUUCGACGGCCCGGAGAACCGGACGCAGAGGAAUCCGUAUCCUUCCGUGGGCGGAGCCUAAAAGGGAAGGAAGUCCUCCUACCGGAGGGCUACAUGGGGCUGGUCCUAGAGGAAGAUGAUGCAGCUUUGCAGGAGCGGCAGGUGCGGGUGAAGUCUACCUUUGAGUCACUCACUGUCUGGAACCUGGAACGGGCCCCAAACAGCAGUGAUGAGAUCCUCAUGUCCUUACAUUGGCCAAAGAUUGCUGAAGGGAUCCAUGCUUCUGUGGCUGAUGAAGAAUGAGAUGAGAGCUGGUGACUGCUGGUGACAUGGAAGUAAAAAAAAACAGCCUGCACUUCGAACUCUGUAUUGGAUUUUUUUGGGGUGGGGUGGGGGGCUAAGGAGUCCUUUUUCUGCAGGCCUCCCAUUUUCAGACUGGAUGCUGUUGCUAACCCAGCCCCACCAACGUGCAGAUCUGUGCCUUCCUUGCAACAGAGGGGUUCAGCCUUUUCUUUUACAGUAUUAACCAUUCCAGUAGAACUUUGCUUUCAAUCUUGGUCUCUCUCUGCAAUUUUUUUUAAAGGAAGUUUUGGUGGGCUCCCUCCUCACCAAAGCGACUUUUGAGAAUGUGCUCCAUCGAGUCGAAGGCCAAGUUGAUGUCAACUAGGAUGCUGCUGUCAUGCCUGGUUCUGGUGGUUUCCCUCAACUACACAGUUAAGACAGUGUCAAAACUGGUUUAAUUCCCACACUUUCUGUCUCCGGGGAAAAUCUUGCAACUCCAGAGUUUUAGACACCCCUAUCUUUUCACAGAACUGUAGUACCUACAGUUCCUCAGGAAGAGAGCCAGGAUAGUGGAAAUGGAUUUUAAACACUCUUAGUUUGUACUGCAAAAACUCAGCUUUGAAAACCCCUUACAUGGAUAUACAUUCUUGUGGCUGCUUAUACGGCAUAGACUUGCACCACAGCUCACCGGCAUCCCCAAUCUUGGGAACUAUAGUUGCAAUUCCCGUAAUAAACGUAACAUUUCCAGAAUUCUUUAAAUUUAUGGUGUGUACGCAGCCUUUGUUUCAACUGCUUCAGGCUGUAGUGGUUCUGGCCUAUAAGCUUCUUCCUUCUCAUGCUCCCAUUUGCUUGGCUGAAGGUCUUGGUUUUGUGAAAAAGCAAUACCAUAUCCAGAAAAAAGAUGUACACACACAUGCCAUUUAAAAACCCAUUUUGUUAAUUUAUUCUGAGCACAGAAAUUGGGUGGAGUUUGCUUUUUUUUAAGGCUGCUCCUCCAGUCAUGAAGACUCUGGUUUUUAGGAAAGGGAGCGAGAGCGCGAGACUGUCUUACUGUAUGCUAACCUAGAACGAUUCUGUCCACACUUUCACCCUUGUGGAUGCUACUGCAGCCUCGGGCAGUAGGGGAGACGGCAGCUUUUUAGAGCUGGGCUCCAGCUUCUCUACCCAAGGAAGCAACUGCACAAUUCCAGCCUCGAAAGGAGGAGGCAGCAACAGUUUGCCUGCCUGCAGCUGAAACCCAGCAGGAAGCAGCUGCCUUUCAACUGCCUUUGCCAAGAUCCAAACCUUAAUUCGUGAUGGUGGUUUUAUAUUUAUAUAUAUAUAAAUAAAUAUCCGGUCCAAAAAAAGGGGGGGCGGGACAGCUUGGGUAGCUUGGUCUGUGCUUUUUCAACUUCUGUACACAACCGCUCGGCGAAGGAAUCCAAAAAGUCCUAUAUACAAACAAGCAGGCAAGUCCAGGGCACCUGAGGCCCAAGUAACGACGCCCCUUGAGGUCUGUCCGGCUGACAGUGCCUGCUUUGAUAGCCGACUGGAAAAUGUCUUCUAAAGAGCACAUGGCCACCUUGCCUGAUCCCCAUUGUCACGGAAAGUGAGGAGGAGGGUGGACGUCCUGCAAGCAGCCGCUCCUUACUCAGGUGCACAGGCCUCACCACUUUCCUCUUUUGCUCCAGUCCUUUGGGGUGAAGUGCAGACACUUUGAGUCAAUGCGAAGGAUUCGCUUCAGCAUGGCACGCUCAUGUCCAUCCACGAUGUCCUCGGAGAGCGUCAGGAUAUACUGGCCCUAGAAGGGAGAAGUGUUUUGGUUCUGUUAAUUUUAAACGAAGAUUCUAGUCCUCAUGACGGGCAUACGGCUAUACUUGAAACGCUGCUCACUCCCACCACUCCUGAAAUCCUGCAUAUUAAAUACCUCUUCUGAGUUCCUUUUUGUGACAAGAGGUAAAUCUGAUGUGGCAGAGAACCACAGACACCCAAGGGCUGCAACAUCUCCCUGCCCAUCCCUUUUCCUGGAAUCUUGUCAGGAAAAACGAGCCUCAUCUUUAAAAAUGCCUGAAAGCAGUCUGUAGCUCUAGCUGGUUUAUCUGGGGAAGGAACACAUUUCCCCUGUUGCCCCCAUUACUGCAGGUGGGGAAAACUGAGGCCAACAAGCUGUAUCACUUUCUAGUGCUGCAACUCCGGACCCCACAAAAAAUCUCUGCAGUUUCUAGUCUUGCAAUCUUCCCUGUAAUGCUAUUCCCCUACCCCUACAAAAAAAAAACCUUAUACCUGUUACCCUAUAGCA